CUCUUUCUUCCCUUAACUUUCCUAUAGGCAAUAAAUCAUUCACACACUGCAUAGAUGCUUGCUUAUGGGGCACACUUGGAUCUAAAUUGUGUUGUUAUGAUCAUAUUGACGAUGAUAUUACCCUUUCUAGGGUUGCUUUUCUGGCUAGAAAACAAGGUAACCAAUUCCAGUGAGGUCAAUCCUUGCUCCAAAUGGAAGGAACUAUUGCAGAUCAGUGAUGAAAUAAAUAGUGUGUUCUAUCAACAUGAUGAGGAUAACACUAGUUUACACUGUGCUUGCUCCUUCUGUGGCAGAUUAAGCAACGUAUACUCAAGAUGCUCACGCUGCAAAACUGCUAUGUAUUGCUCAAAUGCUUGCCAUGUUAUGCACCGGAGGAUAUGCCACAAAUACGAAUGCGUUGAUGUCUUAGAAAAUCAGGAGGAAACACCAUCUCAUGGAACCCAAUUCCUUCUCAAGGAUCCUAAAAAUGAUAAGUACUCAUUCAAUGAAGUUGAGCAGAAAAUAUACAAGGGAGAUGUUUACAAUAUCGAAGGAGGAGAAAACAGUUUUGAUCAUGAGUUCAGUGAUGAAACAGCAAUGCCUCGACAUAGAACUGUGAAUUGUAACAAUGGCUGUGCUGUGUGUGGUAAUCCAACCUCCAAACUAUGCUCAAGAUGCAAAACUAUAAAAUAUUGGUAA